AUGGAAUUUUCCCCAUUGCAUUGGUUCUAUGGAUGGAAAACAUGUUAUUAUCGAUGCUCCAUUCACAGUGGAACUGAAUAUCGUAACUACAAGUCAUUUUUCAGCAUUGUUAUGUUUGCCGUAGUGGAUGCGGAAUAUAAUUUUUUAUUUGUGGAUGCCGGAUGUCAAGGCAGAAUAUCAGAUGGUGGGGUAUUUAAGGAUACAUUUUUUUUCAAAAAAUUGGAAGCUGAUAACUUGGGUUUACCGCUAGCAGAAACUUUAAGUGGAAGAAAUAAAGAAGUGCCUUAUGUUCUUGUAAGUGACUCUGCAUUUCCACUAGCUGAACAUAUAAUGAAACCAUAUCCAGGAGAUUUUCCUAAAGGUUCAAAGCAAAGAAUUUUCAAUUACCGUUUAAGCAGAGCGCGGAGAAUUGUUGAAAAUGUUUUCGGAAUUAUAGCUUCAGUUUUUAAAGUUUUACGUAGACCAAUACUUCUCCAACCCGAAAACGCUGAGAUUAUAGUCAUGACCAUUGCACAUCUACAUAACUUUUUAAGCAAAAAUUCACAAAGAUAUUACACACCCCUUGGAUCUUUCGAUCGUGAAGAAGCGGGACAAAUUGUUGAAGGAUCUUGGAGAAAUGAACCAAACACAGGUUCAUUACUUCCACUUAGGAAUGUACCACGAAGAGCUCCUUUGAUAGCAAAACACAUCAGAGAAGAAUUUUCUGAUUAUUUCUGCAAUGAUGGAAAAGUUCCAUGGCAAGAUCGAUACUGUUAAAUAGUAUAUACCAUAUGUAUAGUUUAUAAACUGUAUUUAUUAUUGCAUUUAUAAAAAAUACUUACCAUAGAAUUAA